AGUGGUGGAUGAUGAUCCAGAUGGAGUCGUCGAUGAUGAGCCAGAUGGAGCAGUCGAUGACUUGGUAGUGGAUGAUCCAGAUGAAGUAGUCGAUGGCUUAGUGGUGGAUGAUGAUCCAGAUGGAGUCGUCGAUGAUGAGCCAGAUGGAGCAGUCGAUGGCUUAGUGGUGGAUGAUGAUCCAGAUGGAGUGGUGGAUGGGGUGGUAGAAGAUGAGCCAGAUGGAGCAGUCGAUGACUUGGUAGUGGAUGAUCCAGAUGGAGUAGUCGAUGGCUUAGUGGUGGAUGAUGAUCCAGAUGGAGUCGUCGAUGAUGAUCCAGAUGGAGUCGUCGAUGAUGAUCCAGAUGGAGUCGUCGAUGAUGAUCCAGAUGGAUGGUGGAUGGAGUGGUGGAUGAUGAUCCAGAUGGAGUCGUCGAUGAUGAUCCAGAUGGAGCAGUCGAUGGCUUAGUGGUGGAUGAUGAUCCAGAUGGAGUCGUCGAUGGAACGGUCGAUGGGGUAGUAGUAGAUGAACCAGACGGAGUGGUGGAUGGAGAAGUCGAUGGAGUAGGUGGGGUGGUCAAUGAAGUGGUCGAAGAAGACCCAGUGGUGGAGCUUCCACAAUUGUUGCCGCUCCAGCAUAAUUCGGGUAAGUCAAACUGACCGCCAGUACCACAACCGAAGGAGUAGUC